CACAGCUGCCCUUAAAGCAGGAAAACGGUCAUCACGGAGAUCCAGUCAGCUUGGUUAACAGCAACGCUAUAAUUUCUUAUUAAGAUAUUGUUAAUAGAGACCCACAACAUGCCUGGGAGAGAGAGGGUCUAUCACAGAGAACUCUUCGGCCCGUGGCUUAUCAAGCAGAUUAGUAAACGGAAUAAUGGCGUUUACUGGGUGAAUGAGGAGCAAAAACUGUUUCGAAUCCCAUGGAAACAUCUGAAUAGGAAAACCAAAGAUGAAAAUGAUUAUGGCAUAUUCAAGGCCUGGGCCAUCGAGAGUGGCCGAUAUAAUGAGGCAUAUGAGGACCCCGCUACAUGGAAAACAAACUUCCGCUGCGCUUUACAUGCAGUCACCUGCAACAAUGUCAAAAUGUUUAUUGAGAUUGAAGAUAAUUCUGGAAACCAACAAGAUCCCCAUAAGAUAUAUAAAGUCAACCAAUUCCCUGCGGUUUCCCUGACGCCAGCUCAAGUCAACACAGUUCCUAACCACUGUCUUGCAGCAGCCUAUCUGUCGCCAACACCCAGUGCGAUCGUCCUCUUAAAUGGACCGUUCAAUGCAACUGCAGAACAAAAUUUAGAGACUGCAGCUGACGAUGACCCACUACGUAUAAGCCCAGAUAAGAUACGUGCGCAUCCUUUUUCAGCAGAACAAUCUCUGGAUGAUGAGCUCAAACAACUUUAUCUGGAUUCCUGUAAUAUAGGAAGUGAAUACAAUAUGCAAAAUGCCUGUAAUGAAGCCCUUCUGGACAAAAUCCUUGACCAGCAAUCUUCUGUGCACAUUUACCAAGAAUGCAAAAACUUCAAUGGAUAUGACAUACCAGCAACUACAGGGUUAUCAACGACACACCAAGUGCUACCCCAGCCUUCAAAUACGCCAUAUUCUAAUCAAGGAACACACUACCCACUGCCUAACGCCCAAUCAAAUGAGCUUUGGAGAAGCACAGCCACAGAGGGUUCAGUUCAACCAAUUACAAAUGGUUAUGGAAUACAUAAACCACUGCCAUCUAUGCCUCUUCCACCACAUCCCCAAAGUGCACAAUAUCAGGUGAAUAACUCUACUCAGAAUGGGUAUCCACAAGAUGUGCCCCUGAUAGACAAAGUCUUUGAAUCACAAGAAGAUGGUGUCUACAACACUGCCUGUGAGAACUGGGGAAAUGCACAAAAAGUGGAGCAAACUCCAUACCACAAUGGCUUUGUGGAACCUCUGCCUCAGCCAUGUCAUCGCCCCUUUGUCCAGUCCGUUCCCCCAGGUAUUCCAAAAUUAACAUCUUGGGACGUUACUGUCUUCUACAAGGGAAGACAAGUUCUACAGCAAACUGUGAACCAACGGUUCCUCAUCAACACUGGAUCUGUAGACCCUGCUCUGGAACCAGUCAAUGUUGUCUGUUUUCCUUCUAUUGAGAGACUGGUGGAUCAGGUCCAAAUUAAAAAUACCAAAACCAUCCUAGAUAAUGUUGGAGGAGGCCUUUUGCUUGAGGUCAACGAUUUCAAGCUUAAUGCCAGAAGAUCUGGAAAGUCCAAGGUGUAUUGGUCUUUGUCUAGAGAUUUGGAGAACAUCACACAAGAAAACCGAUGGAGAAAUCUGCUAGAGAGAGAUGUUCCUACAGAAAUUUUUGAUUUUGAAAAGUUUUGGAAUGAUUUACAAGCUUUUAUAACCGGUCAAAAACCAUCCCCAGAUUACACCAUCUAUCUGUCCUUUGGUCAGGACCUGUUCAAGUCUAAAGACAGGAAGUUUGUUUUAGUGAAGCUUGUUCCUCAUUUCUGCACCUUUUUCCAUGAGAAGGCUCAAAGUGAAGGAGCGUCGUCACUCAACAGCGAAAUCAGCCUGCAAAUCUCUACGGGGAGCACCGUUGAUAUUCCUUGUCCAAUGGAACUGGAUUUUGCUUAUCUUAUGGAAAUUAUAAGUCAAGACUGAUUAUACUGACGGGGCUUUGGUUAUUAGGACAAGUUCAUAUUGGCAUAAUUUAUAUCUGAUAUAAAAUGGCCUCCCAAGUAUAGAUUUUCAAGAGAGCUCCAAUCAACGUUGGGUUGGUCAAGAAAAGGAGUCCACUACUGGGAUAUUUAGGAGAGGUGCAGAACUUCAUUGCUUAGAUUUAAUGUUGGUGUUGUGAUCUGCAGGGUUGCUGCCUAAUCUAGACCCUCUACCUUAACUGCUUUUUAUCAUACUUGAUCAGAUUAGUAGCAUUUAAUAUCUGCAAAAGUGGAACCUUCCAGCAAUAGAGACCAUACAUAUGGUGUCAUAUGGCCUAAACUGUUGGGAUAGCCUCAGGCGCUUGACUACUUUACAAUAGAUAGAAGUCUUUCCUAGUAAUCUGCAACCACACUUAAAAAUAUUUUACAAUGCAUUGUUUGCAGUCCAUAUGAACAUUCCAGACCCUACAUUAUCUAGUUGCAGUAUCACUAUCUGCUUGUACAUAAAGGCUUUGUAUAGCCACACUGGGGUCUCCUAUACUUCAUAUGCAACCUGAUGGCCAAUAUCAGCUUGAAGCAUGAAUUCUUCAACCUGAUAACUUGUAGUAAAAACUUAAAAAGGAGUAAGUUGUUUACAUACUCAUUAGGGCCGAUAUAACAUGCUGCAAAUGCGGAAACAUAAGUUAAGAAGCAGCAAUCUUUCCGAUCAGAUACGAUCGGGAUGAUUGACACCCCCUGCUAGCGUAUGCUGUCGGCAUUUAGCAAUGUCGGGUGGAUAUGAUCAUGAACAUGUCCGUCCGACAUUUGUUAAAUUGGCCCCAAUGUCUCCUAUGCUGUGCAUCAGCAUAUCUCGAUAUGCUUCAUGGUAUUAACAUGAAAAAACAAAAAUGUAAGCUUGUAAUAUUUUUUUUACCAAAAUGACUCAUUUCUUGUAAAGUACUAUCAUUAUGUUCUAUUUUAGAAUGCAUUGUGAGAAUUGUAUAUAAUAUUGCACUGUGUAUAAAACUUGUUUAUUAUUAAUGAGAAUACAAUUUGCUUUGACAAUUUGUAUUGAUUUAGGUAUUUAUAGCUAAUCUGAAUAUUAUGUAUUGUUCAUCAAGUAUUUUAUUUGUACUUUUAUAGCACUUUAAAAAAAUGAAUUCCUGCAUGUGGCUGUUUGCAAGCUCUGCUGGACAGAGUAGCAUAGUCCAUCCAGUUCAACCUAUACAAAUCUAAUAUACUUACAAAAAAGCUCCAGUUGAUCUUAAAUUAAAGGGAUACUGAACCCAAAUUUUUUCUUUUGUAAUUCAGAUAGAGCAUGCAAUUUUAAGAAACUUUUUAAUUUACUCCCAUUAUCAAAUUUUCUUCAUUCUCUUGGAAUCUUUAUUUGAACAAAUACACGGCAGGGAGCACAAAACUACCUAACCGGUAUUACAAGAGGCACCAAAACAAGAAAUAUUAGGUAUAUAGAAUGGAGUGAUAGAUAUAGUUAUAUACCUUUAACAAAUAUACAAUAGUAAGUAUAUAUAAAAAGAAUAAUAUAUAUGAAGAUAUCCCUUAAAAAAUAACAAAGAAUAGUAAGAUAAUUCCUAAGCUUACACAGAAAUAUACUGAAUAAAAAAGGUACAAAAGGCUGUAUAACAAUCCAAAAGUAAUAGAUGUACAGUGAUAAAAUCUUAAUAGUGCAAAAUUAGUAAGUGGAAGACCAUAUAUAGUAUAGUAAUUAAUACACAGAUACUCGAUAAACCCACAGAAAAUAUAAUCUGAGGAUAUAAAUGUCCAAGUGUAAUAUUGGUGAUAGAAAAAGUCCUGAUAUGGAACUUGGAGCUUCCCAAUAUUUCCCACAGCUGGGAGAUUACCACAGCCUCAGGCAGCUCCUCUAUUGUGUCACGCCACGACACAGAAUUAGUAGAUCUAGAAAACAGGAGGUAGAGGGCGCCACAUAGUGAAAAUCAGGCAAAUAGGUAUAGGAUGUGCAUAUAGCCAAAUUACUACUCAUUUGAGGGAAAGCACUGUUGUGCAAUUUAAGCAGACCGGAUCCAAUAGGUCGUCCGGUAGACAAAUCAGCACGUCUGGAGCUGGAUAUAUCCUCGUCCCACCAGGGGGAGUCCAGGGAGAAAUGAAUAUGUCCGGCCACAAGCGAUGGUAAAGACCGGUAUUUUCCUCUGGGCCCAAUAAUGGUAUAUGUCAGUUCCACAAGGAUAACAAAAGGUGUUAUAAAUCCGGGAGAAGCAAUAAAGUGUAGCUUCUUUGCUGAACCAAAAAAAUAGCUUAGAUGCCUUCUUUUUCAAAUGAAGAUAGCAAGAGAACAAAGAAAAUUGAUAAUAGGAGUAAAUUAGAAAGUUACUUACAAUUACAUGCUCUAUCUGAAUCACAAAAUAAAAAAUGUGGGUUCAGUGUCCCUUUAAUCCAAUUAUAAGGUAACACAAGCAAAAACAAUUAUUUAUGACAGUUUCCUUUUUCACCCAUCAUCUUCACAUUCAUCCUAUAGUAAUGUUACUAACAUCAUGUUUAACUGAUAUUCACACUGUUAUUUUUGUUCAACUAAAUAAAAGCUUCAUUUGGGAAACCGA